UUCUUAUAUAUAUACUCCUCUUUAUACGAGUAUAUUUUCACAUAUCAAUUUCAAGUGAAUUCGAUGGAGUUCAAUUUACAACCCCAAAAGGCUGACACCACCAUAUUCGAAGGAGAAGGUGGAGGUUACUACGCGUGGACGGCGGCCAAAACUCCGGUGGUUGUGGAGGCGGUGAUCGGCGCCGGUAAACUUGUUUUGAAGCCACAAGGCUUCGCUUUGCCUCAUUAUGCCGAUGCUAGCAAGAUUGGUUAUGUCAUCCAAGGUACUUGCACAGUCGGCCUCAUAUCACCAGAAUCAGACAACCCACAAGAGAAAGUCGUAAUCAUCAACAAAGGGGACGCCAUCCCAUGUCCAAAUGGGAUCAUUUCUUGGUGGUUUAACGGCGGAGAUUCCGACCUCACCAUAAUAUUCCUAGGUGAAACCACCCAAUCGUAUACCCCAGGCCUGUUCGACUACUUCCUAUUGACAGGCGCCAUCAGCAUGCUCCGUGGGUUCUCCACUGAAUUCAUCAGCAAAGCAUUUGGACUCAGCCACGACCACUCCAAACUGUUGGUAGAAAGUCAAUCAAAUGCAUUGAUCAUUAAGAUCGACGAUCACUUGCCUGUGAAACCUAACUGCAAGAAAGAAGAAUAUGCCAUUGAUCUUGAUGCUAUGUUGAAACAAGGAGGAUCCACUAAUGUUGAGAUCACAUCUCGGGAUUCUCCUUUGGUGGAUAGAGUCGGACUUAGCCCAAAAUUAGUGAGACUCGAACCUGAGACCGUGUUGGACCCUUUUUAUAGCAUGGCACAUCAGAUCAUCUAUGUGACGAAAAGUGGAGGUCGGGUUCAAAUUGUAGGGUUGAAUGGUGCAAGCGUGUUGGAUGAGGUUGUGGAUGAGGGCCACCUCAUUGUUGUGCCCAAGUUCUUCGUUGCUGCGCUUAUGGCUGCGGACCAAGGGCUGGAAUGCUUCUGUGUUUCCACAUCUCCAAGGUCUUUAUCAAUGGAGAUAGGCGCAUCAUAUAAAGCAUUGUCUUCGUCAGUUGUGGAGAUUGCAUUGAAUGUGUCUCCUGAUUUGGUGAAGAAUAUCAAAUCUGAAAUUUGAAACAAUACUUUGAUAAGUUGGUUUGUGUUGGAUUUUAAACAAAAUUUUGGGUUUAGUUUGCUUACCCAAUGCGUGUUAUGGUAUAUGUAUAAUUUAUUAUUAAAGUGGCUUGCUUGCUUUUAUGUGUACGUGUUGGACAUGAUAAUAUUAUAGAAAUAAAGGUGUCAUUCAAUAUUUGUUGACUUUUA